CUGACAGCUGUCCUUAAUUAGCCAACAACAUUAGAAGGGUCUGGGAUUCCUUUAAAAGGAGCAACCAAACAUCUGGCAAAUAUAGUAAAAGGGAUAUUCUGGUAGGAUGUAUGCCUACCAUUAGUGCUGAAUACUGGUGAGGUUUUGAGGGCAAAAUGGCUGUGAUGAUUGGAAUCGCUUUCAGCGUUUCUUGGCUUUGUUGCCUGCUAAUUGGAGGGAUAACGUGUUCUACAUCAGAAGGUGAUUGGUCUCCUGCACUGGAUUCUAAUGCAGCAUGGCUUGACGCAGGAUCACUUCGGUCUCUAGGAUAUGGCAAUUAUAAGUCUCCAAAAUCUCAAAUGCAAGCGCAACAGAAACAUCCGGCCGCCAUCCUGCGGAAGGAAUUGGCCCCCAUGUCCCAGCAACCUCAGCAAGUGUGGUAUCCAGUUCAAAUGCUGCAGAAGCAACAGACCGCCGUGCUCCAGCAAGUGGGGCAUCAAGCUCAAAUGCUGCCGCAACCACCGUCCGCCGUGCCCCAGCAAGUGUGGCAUCAAGCUCACAUGCUGAAGCAUAAGCAACCGACCGCUGUACCCCAGGAAGUGUGGCAUCCAGCUCAAAUGCCCCUGCAGCAGAAGGAACCAUCCGCAGAAGCUCAGCCGCAGAGGAAACCGACAACUGUGCCCCAGCAAGUGUGGCAUCAAGCUCACAUGCUGAAGCAGAAGCUCCCGCCCGCCGUGUCCCAGCAAGUGUGGAAUCCUGCUCUAAUGCCCCUGCAGCAGAAGCAACCGACCACUGUGCCCCAGCAAGUGUGGAAUCCUGCUCUAAUGCCCCUGCAGCAGAAGCAACCAACCGCUGUGCCCCAGCAAGUGUGGAAUCCAGCUCAAAUGCAGCAGAAGCAACCGUCCGCCGUGCCCCAACAAGUGUGGAAUCCUGCUCUAAUGCCCCUGCAGCAGAAGCAACUGACCACUGUGCCCCAGCAAGUGUGGAAUCCUGCUCUAAUGCCCCUGCAGCAGAAGCAACCAACCGCCGUGCCCCAGCAAGUGUGGAAUCCAGCUCAAAUGCAGCAGAAGCAACCGUCCGCCGUGCCCCAACAAGUGUGGCAUCCAGCUCAAAUGCCCCUGCAGCAGAAGCAACCGGCCACUGAACCUGAACAGAAGGAACUGACUGCCAUGCCCCAGCAAAUGUGGUAUGGAGCUAAAAUGCUCCAACCAGAAAAUCAUCUGGCCGCCAUGCCACAGAAGCUACAGGGCUCCAGUCUCCAGCUGCCUCUGUUCGUGUGGCAUCCAUCUCAAUUUCCCCAGCAGCAGAAGGAAGUGGCCGUCGAGCCCCAGCAGCAGAAGGAAGUGGCCGUCGAGCCCCAGCAGCAGAAGGAAGUGGCCGUCGAGCCCCAGCAGCAGAAGGAAGUGGCCGUCGAGCCCCAGCAGCAGAAGGAAGUGGCCGUCGAGCCCCAGCAGCAGAAGGAAGUGGCCGUCGAGCCCCAGCAGCAGAAGGAAGUGGCCGUCGAGCCCCAGCAGCAGAAGGAAGUGGCCGUCGAGCCCCAUCAGCAGAAGCAACCGGCCGUCGAGCCCCAGCAAGAGUGGAAUCCAGCUCAAAUGCUGCAGAAGCAACCGACUGACAUGCCCCAGCAAGUGUGGAAUCCAUUUUACACACUGCAGAAGCAACCGACCGCCGUGCCCCAGCAAGUGUGGCAUCCAGCUCAAAUGCCCCUGCAGCAGAAGCAACCGACCGCCGUGCCCCAGCAAGUGUGGAAUCCAGCUCAAAUGCAGCAGAAGCAACCGACUGCCGUGCCCCAGCAAGUGUGGAAUCCAUUUCACACACUGCAGAAGCAACCGACCGCUGUGCCCCAGCAAGUGUGGAAUCCAUUUUACACACUGCAGAAGCAACCGACCGCCGUGCCCCAGCAAGUGUGGCAUCCAGCUCAAAUGCCCCUGCAGCAUAAGGAACCGACCGCCGUGCCCCAGCAAGUGUGGCAUCCAGCUCUAAUGCCCCUGCAGCAGAAGCAGCCGACCGCCGUGCCCCAGCAAGUGUGGCAUCCAGCUCAAAUGCCCCUGCAGCAGAAGCAACCGACCGCCUUGCCCCAGCAAGUGGGGCAUCCUGCACUAAUGCCCCUGCAGCAGAAGCAAACAACCGCUGUGCCCCAGCAAGUGUGGAAUCCAUUUUACACACUGCAGAAGCAACCGACCGCCGUGCCCCAGCAAGUGUGGCAUCCAGCUCAAAUGCCCCUGCAGCAUAAGGAACCGACCGCCGUGCCCCAGCAAGUGUGGCAUCCAGCUCUAAUGCCCCUGCAGCAGAAGCAGCCGACCGCCGUGCCCCAGCAAGUGUGGCAUCCAGCUCAAAUGCCCCUGCAGCAGAAGCAACCGACCGCCUUGCCCCAGCAAGUGGGGCAUCCUGCACUAAUGCCCCUGCAGCAGAAGCAAACAACCGCUGUGCCCCAGCAAGUGUGGAAUCCAUUUCACACACUGCAGAAGCAACCAACCGCCGUGCCCCUGCAAGUGUGGAAUCCAGCUCAAAUGCAGCAGAAGCAACCGACUGCCGUGCCCCAGCAAGUGUGGCAUCCUUCUCAAAUGCCCCUGCAGCAGAAGCAAACAACCUCUGUGCCCCAGCAAGUGUGGAAUCCAGCUCAAAUGCAGCAGAAGCAACUGGUCCCUAUGCCUCUACUGCAGAAGGAACCAACCACCAUAGCCCAGCAACCUCAGCAGGUGUGGCAUCCAGCGCAGAUGUCCAAGAAUCAAACAUCCACUGAACCUCAGCAGCAGAAACAACCAUCCACCACGCCCAAGCAAGCGUGGCAUCCAGCUCAAAUGCCCCUGCAGCAGAAGCAACCGGCCACUGAACCUCAACAGAAGGAACUGACUGCCAUGCCCCAGCAAAUGUGGUAUGGAGCUAAAAUGCUCCAACCAGAGAAUCAUCUGGCCGCCAUGCCACAGAAGCUACAGGGCUCCAGUCUCCAGCUGCCUCUGUUCGUGUGGCAUCCAUCUCAAUUUCCCCAGCAGCAGAAGGAAGUGGCCGUCGAGCCCCAGCAGCAGAAGGAAGUGGCCGUCGAGCCCCAGCAGCAGAAGGAAGUGGCCGUCGAGUCUCAGCAAGUGUGGCAUCCAUUUCACACACUGCAGAAGCAACCGACCGCCGUGCCCCAGCAAGUGUGGCAUCAAGCUCAAAUGCCCCUGCAGCAGAAGCAACUGGUCCCUUUGCCUCUACUGCAGAAAGAACCAAAAACCAUAGCCCAGCAAGCGUGGCAUCCAGCUCAAAUGCCCCUGCAGCAGAAGCAACCGACCGCCGUGCCCCAGCAAGUGUGGCAUCCAGCUCUAAUGCCCCUGCAGCAGAAGCAACCGGCCACUGAACCUCAACAGAAGGAACUGACCGCCGUGCCCCAGCAAGUGUGGCAUCCAGCUCAAAUGCCCCUGCAGCAGAAGCAACCUACCGCCGUGCCCCAGCAAGUGUGGAAUCCAUUUCACACACUGCAGAAGCAAGUGUGGCAUCCUGCUCUAAUGCCCCUGCAGCAGGAGCAACCAACCGACGUUACCCUGCAAGUGUGGCAUCCUUCUCAAAUGCCCCAGCAGCAGAAGGAACUGGCCGUCGAGCCCCAGCAGCAGAAGGAACCGACCGCCGUGCCCCAGCAAGUGUGGCAUCCAGCUCAAAUGCUGCAGAAGCAACCGACCACCGUGCCGCAGCAAGUGUGGCAUCCAGCUCAAAUGCUGCAGAAGCAACCGACCGCCGUGCCCCAGCAAGUGUGGCAUCCAGCUCAAAUGCCCCUGCUGCAGAAGCAACCGACCGCCUUGCCCCAGCAAGUGUGGCAUCCAGCUCAAAUGCCCCUGCUGCAAAAGGAACCGACCGCUGUGCCCCAGCAAGUGUGGCAUCCAGCUCAAAUGCUGCAGAAGCAACCGACCGCCGUGCCCCAGCAAGUGUGGCAUCAAGCUCAAAUGCCCCUGCUGCAAAAGGAACCGACCGCCGUGCCCCAGCAAGUGUGGCAUCCUGUUCAGUUUCCCCAGCAGAAGCAACUGGCCCCUAUGCCUCUACUGCAGAAGGAACCAACAACCAUAGCCCAGCAACCUCAGCAGGUGUGGCAUCCAGCUCAAAUGUCCAAGAAUCGAACAGCCACUGAACCUCAGCAGCAGAAGCAACCAUCCACCACGCCCCAGCAAGUGUGGCAUCUUGCUCUAAUGCCCCUGCAGCAGAAGCAACCGACCGCCGUGCCCCAGCAAGUGUGGCAUCCAGCUCUAAUGCCCCUGCAGCAGAAGCAACCGGCCACUGAACCUCAACAGAAGGAACUGACCGCCGUGCCCCAGCAAGUGUGGCAUCCAGCUCAAAUGCCCCUGCAGCAGAAGCAACUGACCGCCUUGCCCCAGCAAGUGGGGCAUCCUGCACUAAUGCCCCUGCAGCAGAAGCAAACAACCGCUGUGCCCCAGCAAGUGUGGAAUCCAUUUCACACACUGCAGAAGCAACCAACCACCGUGCCCCUGCAAGUGUGGAAUCCAGCUCAAAUGCAGCAGAAGCAACCGACUGCCGUGCCCCAGCAAGUGUGGCAUCCUUCUCAAAUGCCCCUGCAGCAGAAGCAAACAACCGCUGUGCCCCAGCAAGUGUGGAAUCCAGCUCAAAUGCAGCAGAAGCAACUGGUCCCUAUGCCUCUACUGCAGAAGGAACCAACCACCAUAGCCCAGCAACCUCAGCAGGUGUGGCAUCCAGCGCAGAUGUCCAAGAAUCAAACAUCCACUGAACCUCAGCAGCAGAAACAACCAUCCACCACGCCCCAGCAAGCGUGGCAUCCAGCUCAAAUGCCCCUGCAGCAGAAGCAACCGGCCACUGAACCUCAACAGAAGGAACUGACUGCCAUGCCCCAGCAAAUGUGGUAUGGAGCUAAAUUGCUCCAACCAGAGAAUCAUCUGGCCGCCAUGCCACAGAAGCUACAGGGCUCCAGUCUCCAGCUGCCUCUGUUCGUGUGGCAUCCAUCUCAAUUUCCCCAGCAGCAGAAGGAAGUGGCCGUCGAGCCCCAGCAGCAGAAGGAAGUGGCCGUCGAGCCCCAGCAGCAGAAGGAAGUGGCCGUCGAGCCCCAGCAGCAGAAGGAAGUGGCCGUCGAGCCCCAGCAGCAGAAGGAAGUGGCCGUCGAGCCCCAGCAGCAGAAGGAAGCGGCCGUCGAGUCUCAGCAAGUGUGGCAUCCAUUUCACACACUGCAGAAGCAACCGACCGCCGUGCCCCAGCAAGUGUGGCAUCAAGCUCAAAUGCCCCUGCAGCAGAAGCAACUGGUCCCUUUGCCUCUACUGCAGAAAGAACCAAAAACCAUAGCCCAGCAAGCGUGGCAUCCAGCUCAAAUGCCCCUGCAGCAGAAGCAACCUACCGCCGUGCCCCAGCAAGUGUGGAAUCCAUUUCACACACUGCAGAAGCAAGUGUGGCAUCCUGCUCUAAUGCCCCUGCAGCAGGAGCAACCAACCGACGUUACCCUGCAAGUGUGGCAUCCUUCUCAAAUGCCCCAGCAGCAGAAGGAACUGGCCGUCGAGCCCCAGCAGCAGAAGGAACCGACCGCCGUGCCCCAGCAAAUGUGGCAUACAGCUCAAAUGCUGCAGAAGCAACCGACCACCGUGCCGCAGCAAGUGUGGCAUCCAGCUCAAAUGCUGCAGAAGCAACCGACCGCCGUGCCCCAGCAAGUGUGGCAUCCAGCUCAAAUGCCCCUGCUGCAGAAGCAACCGACCGCCUUCAUUGUUGAACAGUCCGGUUUCAUCCAAAUCUCUUCCUACAGUUCCAAAUCGCACUACAAGAAUGGCAGAACUGUCAUCUCCCAAAUCAGCUACACUCCUAGGGAGGCAAUGCCUGAAUACAGUGGAAAUGCUCCCAAUGAUGGUUUUGUUAGCAUUGGUGCACCAAGCAUAUAUCCAACACUAGUGAAGGAUUCUGCAAGGAAAAUGUAAUGGAUUCAUCCUCUAGAAGCUCUAAUGACCAGGAAGUUGCUGGUGCUCUUGCUACUCUAGUGUGAUGGAAUCAAUAAACAAUUUGACUUUAAAAAAUG